CCCCCCCCCCCCGUUUUCUUUUUUUUUUUUUUUUUUUUUCCCCUUUGCAGAGAGGAGGCUCCGAGGAUCCCCUGCUGACUCCAGGCAGAGGCAGGCAGAGGCACAAGGCAGCUCCUGAAGCAACUGGGAGCCCCUCUCCCCAGCGAGCUCCGGAGCCAUGAGCAGCGCCGUGGUCCUCGCCCACCUCCCAGACCCCAGCAGCAGCUUCAGGGAAGACGCCCCUCGACCCCCUGUCCCGGGGGAGGAAGGAGAAGCACCAUGCCUACAACUCGCCAGCUCGUUUGUCCCCAAAAGCCAAAGCUUCAAGGCCAUGCCGGUGCCUCCUGCCCCGCGGAGGAAUGAGAACGGACUCGGGGAGCCGGAGGGCAGCGCGUCCCCAGACUCCCCUCUGGCCAGAUGGACCAAAUCCUUGCAUUCCCUGUUGGGAGAUCAAGAUGGUGCCUAUCUUUUUCGGACCUUCCUGGAAAGGGAAAAAUGUGUGGAUACCUUAGAUUUCUGGUUUGCCUGCAAUGGCUUCAGGCAGAUGGACCUUAAGGAUACCAAAACUUUACGAGUAGCCAAAGCUAUUUACAAAAGGUACAUCGAGAACAACAGCAUCGUCUCCAAGCAGCUCAAACCUGCUACCAAGACCUACAUAAGGGACAGCAUCAAGAAGCAGCAGAUAGAUUCCAUCAUGUUUGAUCAGGCACAGACUGAGAUUCAGACUGUGAUGGAGGAAAAUGCUUACCAGAUGUUUUUAACUUCUGAUAUAUACCUCGAAUAUGUACGGAGUGGAGGAGAGAAUCCCGCUUACAUGAACAGCAAUGGACUGGGGAGCUUAAAAGUUGUCUGUGGCUAUCUCCCGACCUUGAAUGAAGAAGAAGAAUGGAGCUGUGCAGACUUUAAAAAUAAAAUCUUGCCUUCGGUAGUGGGACUAUCCAGCAAGACGUUGAGGGUUACAGCGAAUGUCAGAGCCACGGAAACGAUCGAGAACGGAUACAGGUCCUUCAAGAGGAACGACCCCGUUAACCCUUACCACGUGAACUCGGGCUAUGUCUUCGCGCCGGCCACCAGCGCCAACGACAGCGAGAUCUCCAGCGAUGCCCUGACGGACGACUCCAUGUCGAUGACGGACAGCAGCGUAGAUGGGAUCCCCCCGUACAGAAUCGGGAGCAAGAAGCAGCUCCAGCGGGAAAUGCACCGGAGCGUCAAGGCCAACGGUCAAGUUUCUCUACCUCAUUUUCCGAGGACCCACCGGCUUCCCAAGGAGAUGACCCCGGUGGAGCCAGCUGCCUUCGCCGCCGAGCUCAUUUCCCGGCUGGAGAAGCUGAAGCAGGAGCAGGAGACCAUGGACUGUCUGGAGGAGAGGCUGCAGCAGAUCAAGGAGGACGAGGAGAAGGAGGGCGCCGAGCUCCCCGCCAGCCUGCAGAGCAGUCGGGACGUGGCCAACCCCCAGCACCCGCUGUCGCUCCUGCCCUCGGGCAGCUACGAGGAGGAUCCUCAGGCCAUCCUGGACGAGCACCUGUCCCGCGUGCUCAAGACCCCCGGCUGCCAAUCGCCCGGCGUGGGCCGGCACAGCCCGCGCGCCCGCUCGCCCGACCGCCUGCCCGCAGGCAAGCUGCCGCCCGGCACGGCCUCGCUGGCCGCCUGCGCCCUGCUGGGCAAGGGCUUCAUCACCAAGCAGACCACCAAGCACGUCCACCACCACUACAUCCACCACCACACCGUGCCCAAGACGAAGGAGCAGAUCGAGGCCGAGGCGGCGCAGCGGGUGCAGUGCUGCUGCCCCGCGGGCGGUGACUACUACUGCUACCCCAAGUGCAAGGGCCACCCCAAAAACACUGACCCCCCUCUCUCUCCGCUGGAGCCCUUCGGCAGGACGGGGACGCUGCUGAAGAGGCCGGGCCGAGGGGUGGACAGCGCGGCCCCGGUGGCCGGGGACGGGGGGCUGCCCGGCCCUGCUGGGGUGCAGCUCCCCGGGGGAGAAGCGGAUCGGGCGCAGAACGUCUGGCAGUGGAUGCUGGAGAGCGAGAGACAAAAUAAGCACAAGACCCAUAGCACACAAAGCACAAAGAAGGCCUACAGCUCCGACUGUGCCAAGGGGGCCCCCGGCCGCCACCACCCGUGGGGGACGGGCGGCCACCCCCGUGGGGCACAGCCCGCCCACCCCUUCGUGCAGGACCCCGCCAUGCCCCCGCUGACACCCCCCAACACCCUGGCCCAGCUGGAGGAAGCGUGUCGCCGCCUGGCCGAGGUCUCCAAGCCCCAGAAGCCACGAUGUUCAGCCUCAAAUCAGCAGAGGGACCGAAACCACUCCGCUGCCAUUCAGGGGGGAAGCUCCCCUUUCUGCAAUGCAAGUCUAAUAACAGAAGAUCACAAAGAGCCAAAGAAACUGCCAGUUGUUCACACCUCUCAGUCUGGUGAGCUGGUUGUCACCUAUUUUUUUUGCGGAGAAGAAAUUCCCUACAGGAGGAUGUUAAAGGCCCAGAGCCUGACACUUGGGCACUUUAAAGAGCAGCUGAGCAAAAAGGGAAAUUACAGAUACUACUUCAAAAAGGCCAGCGAUGAGUUCGACUGCGGCGCGGUGUUUGAGGAGGUUUGGGAAGAUGAAACCAUCCUGCCCAUGUACGAGGGAAGGAUCCUCGGGAAGGUGGAAAGGAUCGAUUGA